AUGGCUGUACCCCCACGAAACGACCGUCGGGUCAUCCUCCACCUUGAUUAUGACUGUUUCUAUGCAUCAGUCUUUGAGGUUGAGCAGCCUGCACUGAGAUCUCUGCCUUUGGCUGUCCAGCAGAAGCAAAUCGUGGUAACAUGCAACUACGAGGCUCGACGGCGAGGGUUGCAUAAAUUGCAACUUAUUAAAGACGCCAAGCGCAUCUGCCCCGAUGUGGUCAUCGUCUUGGGUGAAGACUUGACCAAGUUUAGAAAUGCAUCCAAGGAGCUGUAUCUGUUUGUUCGAUCCUUUGUUUGGGGCGGGCGUGUGGAGAAGCUGGGGUUUGAUGAGCUUUUUCUAGACGUCACGGAGAUGAUCGAUUACAAUACCGGUGUCUUGAACCCGAAUGACUUGUCGAACUCUUUCUUCUAUCUUGAUCGGAAAGACCCUACUGUCGGCUUUUCCUAUGAUGCCACUCGAUUCCAGGGAUCGACCUUUCCAGCGACGGAAGCUGCGCCUAUCGCUCAGAAUGAGAUAUCUUCAUUGGACAUGAGAUUGCUUGUCGCUUCGCAUCUCCAAGGAUUCUUGAGAAGCAAUAUGGAGCACAGGAUUGGUUUCACGGCUACGGGUGGAAUUUCAACGUCCAAACUGCUGGCAAAGUUGGUUGGCAAUGUCCACAAGCCCAACGGGCAAACGACUCUCCUGCCGCCAUACACGGCGGUUGGAAGUAUAUCCAGCAAUGUCACACAGUUUAUGGAUGACCAUGAAAUUCGAAAAAUUCCUGGGAUUGGCUCACGGAUCGCCGAGAGACUGAAAACUCAUAUCUCAGGGGAAGAAACUGUCGAUGAGAAGAUCACCGUCCGAGAUAUCCGCCAGUUCCCGGGAAUGGGGCCACCGUUGCUAGAAAAGAUCCUUGGCGGACCGGGGUCGGCGAAAGGGAUCGGGACGCGCAUGUGGAGCGUUCUCCAUGGAGUGGACAAUACAGAUGUGCUCGAGGGCAGAGACGUGCCAACCCAAAUCAGCAUCGAAGAUUCCUACGGCCGACUGGAUACCUUGGAGAGUGUGAGGCGUGAGCUGGUUGCGCUCUCGGGAAGCCUGAUCCGACGCAUCAGGACCGAUUUACUUGAUAAGAGUGACGAUAGCACUCCGCAAGGAAGAUGGCUCGCCCAUCCUCGCACUCUGCGACUAUCGACGCGGCCAAGGCCUCCGCCAGACAUGGAUACUGCACAUGCAUACAAUUACAAUCGGAUUUCCCGCUCAGCACCUUUGGCAUCUUUCAUCUUCAACUUGGAUGAGAACAUCGAUGCGUUGGCUGAACGAUUAGUCAAAGAUAGCCUUUUGGCUAUGUUCCGAAAACUGCAUCCUGAAAAGGCCGGCUGGAAUCUCGGUUUGAUCAAUGUUGCGGUAACCAAUAUGGUUGAGACCGCUGGUGAUCAGAAGCAAAGCAGUGGGCGUGAUAUUGGCAAGAUGUUUCGACAACAGGAGACGGUGCUUAAGGACUGGACUGUGCAGGAACCUGAAUCCCCGUUGGUGCCCGUUCAGGCUUCCCGAUCGCCUAUUGGAGGUUCACCCGAGAUUGAGCCACAGUCUGCCGAGGAUGACUGGGAUGAGGGCGACGAAGACGAACCCUUGGCUAGCAGUGUACCCUGCCCUAUCUGCGGGGCAUCUAUACCCCAUUUCGCACAGCUAGCGCAUGAGAUGUAUCACUCUGCCCCGGAGUGA